AUGAAACAUCAAAUAUCAUUAGGACACUCGCCGCAGUAUGCUUCAACACAAAAAACCUUUUACAAGCCGUUCGUUUCAUGGGGACAACAAAAGAAAAUUGUCCAGCAAUCCGUUUCACUCCUUAUUGAUUUUACAAACAAUCCUACAAUGUUGUUUAUUCAUUGUGAACAAAUUCCUGUUGCAUUAGAUAACUUUCGUGUCAAAACAGACGUCCUUUCUUCAGACUUUACAUGGUAA